GCGACGGCGGCAAAAGCGCCUUGUCUCUCUUCAGCAACGAGCAGAAGAACAUGCGCAUGGACGAGACCGCCUAUGACCGCGGUCUCCUCUUUGGCCUCGCAUCCACCAGUCGAGGCGAUGUGCUAGAAGCACUCAACAUUCUAUGCUCGAAGCGCCGCCUCCUCGAGAACGACCUGACGUUCGAGAACCGCAUGGAGGCCAUGAUGCGUCUCGCUGCCGUACUCACAAACAUGGCCAAUGACGACGCAGACGUACUCGACCGCGCCAGAUCGCUUAUGGUAUCGCUCCUGAUUGAAUCCAAAGGGACGAUUGCUCGCACGGUGCCCGAAACUCUCGACACGCUGCUCGGCGCGAUAACGCAGCGUAUUCCCGUUCAGCGCCUCUCGCCCGAAAACAUGCGACUUGUCUGCUACACAGCGCUCGUGGUACUGCUGGAGUGCGCGCCGCUGGCGCCGACGGAUCCCUUCGUUGUGCAUCUGCACGGCUUUUUGCACAGUCAGCUAUGGCCGUACGCGACAACGAUCAUGGACACAGCGACGGUUCUUAAAGAGUGGCAGCUGACCGACGCAGACGAUGCGCAGCUCGUGGCCAAGGCGCUCGCAAUUCGGCAUCCGACGAUUUCUCCGCUUGUUGAGCAGCUCUGGUCGGCAUCAUUUGCCGCGCUGAUUGCCACUGGCACAAUUCUGGCCUUGGUCGCGUGCGUGUUCUGCGACCCGUGGCAUCAAGGCUACGUGAUCACAGGAACGGGGCUCAUUGUGCUCGGAUACCACUGUCUCUCCAAGGUUCUUCGAGUGCAGCACACGCGCAUGGCGCUCACACGUGCACUUGGUGCCCGGUGCACAGCGCUUAUGGAAGGCCCGGUGACGCUCGUGCCACCGCUCUCCCCUGUCCCUGCAACUGACAACGUUGUCGACGAGCCCGCGUUUUGUGCCGCGUUCGAGACCAAGUCGCCUCACAGCGACGACGACGUACUUCCCGCAGCAGUGUCGCUGCCUCUCAUGACGGUGCCAAAAGAUGACGAGGCGCCAACGAUGGCAGAGUUCAUGGACCGAAUGAAGCCAGCCGAGAUGCUGUCAACCCUCGCGCGACUGCAUACUCUGAUUCACGAAGCACCCGAGGACGACGUUUGCGACGAUACAAGAGCCAAAGUCGCCCACAGUCUUGCGCUGCUCGAAACAAUGCAGAGCCAAAUGACCGAAAUGGGUGCGUAGGCGUGUAGUGAGCGUUAUGAUACUAGUAUAAACGAGUUGCCUCGUUACAAAACGUGACUUUGUCAUCUUGGUCACAUGUGGCA